AUGGAUGUAACUAUCAAAAAUGCCACGACAGAAGGCGAAAGCAAAAAUGACGAAAAUGACAAACCCCCAGAACUUAAUACUGACCCUGGAAUAAUUACACAUUCGAACGUAAUUGUCCAGGAAUCCAAAACCUCCCAGGAUAAAAACAGUUCUGCCCAAAAAAGUGAGGAGAAGUCACAGGAAAGCAUGGAGAACUCCCAAAACAGUUUAGAAAAUCUCCAAAAAAUCAAGGAAAAAAUACAAAGCAGUAUUGAGAGCCUUGAUAAUAACGAAAACAGACAUCCAAACUUGAACCGUACCGCCAGCGAUGAUAAAUCGGAAGAGUACAUGGAUGCGGUGGAUAAUGCUCAGACACCCCCAACACAAAACAAUGAUAAGCCCCAGGAAGGGGAUGUUAACAACGAGUCGUCCGCAGUAAACUCCAAUCAGGACAAUGCAACAGGCCAAACGCCAAAUAGACAACCCUUCCAAUCCGAAUACAUGACGGAACAGAAUCACCCUACAAAAAUGGUAAUCAAAAGGAUCAGUCUACCGGCAAAUACACAAACCAAAAAUAAAGAAAACAGAUACAAAAAGUAUGGAGAAAGCUCAAAAAAGAGGUGA